AGGGUAAUAAAGCUGCCAAGACUGAGAAACAAGCAGAAGCGAAAGAAGCCAGUGGCACCGGACUUGGCACGGCGCCAGUUCAAGCCUCGCAAUCUGCUAACAAAGAGGCCCAGGAUGCUGAUGUGACUGCUAAAGACGGCAAGGCGGGCACAACGGGCACUACUCAAUCAAAUCACGAACUUAGUCUCAAUGAAAAGGAGCAAACGGCGGAGACCGAAGUUGCUCCAGCAAAAACAGCACAAGAGCAAUAUGAUGAAGAUCAAGAUGCGGAUGGGGAUUACGAGGAUGAGGAGGAUUAUGAAGGUCCACCUAUGCCCGAGCCGCAAGCUGAUCGACUUUCGAUAUCUUAUGCACGAAAUACUCGUCGGAUGGUGAUAGAUUCGGAUGUGGUUGAAAGUAUCAAAGUGUAUCGGGCUGAACACAAGAUUGAAGUUCUGGUCAGAUUAAUUCCAGCGAUCAUUCAAGGUGGUAAGUAUGACGGAGAAAUAGACGAAUACAGGGUCUGUAAAGGUGUACUGGUCGAAGCUCUUGACCAGGAAAUCGAUGACUAUGUGAUCAUGGAUCGCGCAGUGCUUGAAGCAGCUUGGAACGCUGAGGAACCCAAUCCGAAAUUGGGUUCGACUAGAUCAGGUUUAGCGGGGAAGGCUGAAGAUCCAGAAGCAAAGAAGGACGAGAACGAUGAAGAAACAUUGGCAGAAGAAGACUACGAUGUUGUUCAUGAUCCUUUACUUCCCCCUCUACACAGACUUUUUAUGUCUUCUCUUCAACAGAAAUUACCAGUCGACGAGGGAGAGAAACCCACUCAAGAUGCAUCUGAAGAUCAACAAAAAUCUGGCUUGAAAGUCGUCCCUAGCUUCACACAAAACACUGUCUUGAUUGUAGCCAAGCUGGACACGCUGAACCCGCUCACUGAAGCUAAGUGGGUGAGAACCGGAGAUGUGGAUUCCUGGAUAUCACAGAUGACAGGACGGAUCUUCAAACCUGAAGAUCAAACUGAGUGUGGAUGGAGGCGUAAGAUCACAGUUGUUGAUCCUGACCCUCCACCUACAAUCCAACAUCUGCUUGACACGUGGCUCACUACCUCUACCUCUGGCUCGAUCGAGACUCGACAGCGGUUCAUCGAUCGACAUGUGAGCAAGAAUGUUGAUAUCAUCAUUGAAAUCUUGCUUCGAGUGGUCCGUUCGGGUACCACUGGUAAUUCGCAUCAUCAUACGAAUCCAAUGCCACUCAUUGUACAACAAGCUGCAACACUUCGUGCACCUUAUCCUGAACAACAAACCCAAGUUUCUCUAGCUGUACUCGGCCUGUAUCGUUUGUCAAUCGAGACAGCUCUUGAGGCUGGAGUUCCGAUUGAAAAAUUGACUGCGCGUCGGAAAGGCCUACUCCUCGGAUCACAAAAAAACAGUGCUUUACUCAUCAUUUUUACCGAUACGGGAUUUCAGGGAUCAUGUUCAAGAUGACAUCCAAUGCUACGGCCUUCACUCAACAAAUCUAAUAUAAUUACAAAACAUAAAAAUAAGAUAAAAGUCCUAAUCAGGUGUCCCAUACAAAGGAACGGUUCUACGCGAAGAAUUGAUAUGGUGUUCAGUGGUGGUCUUGGGGCUUUGACUUACCUCAUAAUUUUUCAUCCGAUCGAAGCAUUCGAAUCUACAUCUCUCAGAAACAAACUCCAAUUUGAUUGUUAUCUUUGGUGUGUGAUGUAUGUGUUAUUGCCCUCAAAAAGGCGAAAUUGGUCUAAACAUAUAGUAACAUGGCGCACAGGAGUGAUAUGUUUGUCCUCGCGUAUUCGAAAGGUUGAUAAUGGGAAGAAGGCAAGAAGGGAGUCGAGAUUUCUUUUUUCUGUCUGUUUUUUUUCUUUUGAUCUUUACAAGAGCUGCUUGAUAUGAGUGAUAAAUCGGCUUUGAGCAACGGUGUUUUUGUUAUGGGGGUGAUCUUUUCUUCUGUUAUGUUUUUUUAAUUCAAUUGGUCUUGCUCGUUGAUGAAUGAUAUUCGGGAUACGAAACUGAGACAUUGCGUAUCGAAGGCCUCAAUUGCAAAGUGUCUGAAAAAUGGUUUGGAAUGUGUUUUUCAUUUUCAUUUUUUGUUCAAAGUAUAAAUAUAUAUCUUGAGUUC